AUGGAGUUGAUGACGGAUCUGAUGAAUUUUGUCAUGCCCCCAAUAAUUCUAGGAGUACUUGCUUUCUUCCUCCCUCCUUUCUACCUCUUCAAGUUUUUCCUUGCCUUCGUCUCUUCUCUAUUCCCCGAGGACAUGACUAACAAGGUGGUCGUGAUCACCGGCGCUUCCUCCGGCAUCGGCGAGCACAUUGCUUAUCAGUAUGCUAAGAAGGGAGCCUACCUGGUUCUAGUGGCAAGGAGAGAACAAAGCCUGAGAGAGGUGGCUGAGAGAGCUAAGUCCAUUGGCUCCCCUGAUGUCCUUGUGGCCCCCGCUGAUGUCGCCAAACCCGAGGAUUGCCGCCAGUUCAUCGAAGACACAAUUAACCAUUUUGGACGGUUGGAUCAUCUAGUGAAUAAUGCAGGCAUUGCUAAUCUGUGCAUGUUUGAAGAAGCUACGGAGAUAACCAAUUUCAACCCAGUGAUGGAUAUUAACUUCUGGGGAUCCGUUUAUCCAACCCAUUUCGCAAUCCAACAUCUCAAGAAAACUGGAGGAAGAAUCGUUGUGAACUCCUCAGCAGCCGGAUGGGUGGCCAUGCCUAGGAUGAGCUUCUAUAAUGCAACAAAAGCAGCCCUCAUAGCCUUCUAUGAAACUCUUCGGAGUGAGUUUGGCUCAGAGAUCGGUAUAACAAUUGCGACGCCCGGGUGGAUCGAAUCGGAGAUGACCCAAGGGAAGUUCUUAUCCAAGGAAGGAGUAAUGCAAGUGGAGCAAGAUAUUAGAGAUGUCCAAGUCAGCCUGAUGCCCGUCAUGCAUACAGAAGAAUGUGCAAGGUCGAUAGUUGACGCAGCAUGCAAAAGAGCUCGUUAUGUGACCGAGCCGUCGUGGUUCAAAGUUCUAUAUGUGUUGAGGGUUUUUGCGCCGGAAUUAAUGGAGUGGUGCUUUCGGGUUAUGUAUGUUGCCGGACCAGGCAGGUCCAAUCACGACACGCUGAGUAAGAAAAUACUGGACGCGGCUGGAGCCAAACGCUUACUGUAUCCUUCUUCAAUCCAAACUGAUGAGGUUAAAGAGGAAUAAAGACCUAAAUCUUUAUGACUCAUUUUCAUAAGAAUCUAUCUGUAUUCCGUCGUUACUGUAGGAUUAUGGUUCUUUCACAAGUGUCUGUAUACUU